UCAUCGCGCAAGCAAGCUGUUGACAAGUAUUCGAAAUAUAUUUAAAAAUUUUAGUAGAAGUGUAACUAUAAUAAAAACGUGCUGGAAAACGGUGUAAAUACAUAUAUUUAAAGAAAUAGUCGAAUACUCACUGAAUUUAUUAUAUUGAAGCUAAAUAUCAAUAGUUAAAAUGGUCAAAGAAACUGGUUACUAUGAUCUGCUGGGCGUAAAGCCAAACGCAACGCCCGAUGAGCUGAAAAAGGCUUACAGAAAACUGGCGCUCAAAUACCAUCCAGACAAGAAUCCCAACGAGGGUGAGAAAUUCAAGGCUAUAUCGCAGGCGUACGAAGUGCUGUCUGAUGCCGACAAGCGUCAGGUGUACGAUGAUGGCGGCGAGGCGGCUAUCAAGAAGGGUGGCGCCGAUUCGGGCGACUUCCGCAAUCCCAUGGACUUCUUUGAGAAGUUCUUCGGUGGCGGUUUCAGCGGUGGCGGCGGUGGUCGUCGUCGCGAGCGACGAGGAAAGGAUGUGGUGCAUCAAAUGUCCGUGCAACUGGAGGAGUUGUAUAAUGGUGCAACGCGCAAAUUGCAGCUGCAGAAGAGUGUGAUUUGUGACAAGUGCGAGGGACGCGGUGGCAAGAAGGGCAGCAUUGAGAAGUGCCUGCAAUGUCGCGGCAAUGGUGUUGAGACGCGAGUGCAACAGAUCGCACCGGGCAUUGUGCAACAUAUCGAGCAGGUGUGCCGCAAGUGCGCCGGCACUGGUGAAACCAUACAGGAAAAGGAUCGUUGCAAGAACUGCAAUGGACGCAAAACGGUGCGCGAGCGCAAGGUUUUGGAAGUGCAUAUUGAUAAGGGCAUGCGUGAUGGUCAGAAGAUAGUAUUUGCGGGCGAGGGUGAUCAGGAGCCCGAAUCUCAACCGGGUGAUAUCAUUAUACUAUUGGAUGAGAAAGAGCACUCGACAUUCGUACAUGCUGGUACGGAUCUGAUGAUGAAGAUGCCGCUGCAGCUAGUCGAGGCGCUGUGCGGCUUCCAGCGCAUUGUGAAGACACUGGAUGGUCGGGAUCUGUUGGUAGCCACGCAACCAGGCGAGGUUAUCCGACAUGAGAUGACCAAGUGCAUUGCCGAUGAGGGUAUGCCCAUCUAUAAGAACUCUAUGGAGAAGGGCAUGCUUAUCAUACAGUUUGAGGUUAUAUUCCCCGACGUGAUCAAUCCCUCAGUUAUACCAACGCUGAAGCAGUGCCUCCCACCGGCACCUGAAAUUGACAUUCCAGUUGAUGCUGAGCACUCAACAUUGGAGGACUUUGAUCCGAAGCAGAGACGCCAGCAGCAUCAGCGCAUGGCGUACGAUGAGGACGAUGGUGGCUAUCAGGAUGGCCCCCGUGUGCAGCAGUGCACCUCGAGUUAAGCGGCCCACUCCAACUUAACCAACCAUCAAGUUACCACAUAACUCUCACAACCAAUCCAAGCGCAGCAGGAACGCAACUGCUGCUCUCGCUACUACAUACAAUAUUGUAACCUAAAUUUAAACGUCUGAACACACUCUAGCUGCGACCUAACUGGGAAUAUGGCAAACAGCACACCCAGCACCAUCUUGAAACACCAACAACAGUUUUUUUUUUGCGCAUGGGAUAUAUAUCCGAUAAAAGAACACGCAAUACAUAACAGCAACUUAAAGAGAGAAAAAAAAAUAUGAACACGUAAACCGCAAAAAUAUGAAGUAACAAAUUUCAAGUUAUAUUUGACUUAGGAUUCAACAGAGAUGCUAUAUCGCUCCUACGAGAUAUGCUAACUAAGAUAUUUAGGAUAUACAAAAGAAAAACAGAAGUAACUUAUCUAAAAAUAUGCAUUAUAUACUUGUAAUUAACGCGUGGUUCAGCACCUACUUAAGUUUAGUUCCGUUUUAUGUUGAGUUGCUUUCGUUUUAAGGACCGCAAAAA